AUGGCCAGCCUCCAGUCGCCAGGUGCUGCCGCCUCUCUCCAUUCCGGCAUCUCUCGCCAUUCUAUGCCCCCACUUCCCUCGCUUUGCUUUCAAGACCGUUUGCUCUCUUUCCGAUCACAUGCUACUUCUGACGAAAGGUUGCGUCUCAUUUCCUACGCGUCCCCUGAUGUGUGGUCGGUUCUGCAACUGCAACAAAGCACUUACCGAGCAAGCGCUUCAACCAUCAUGAAGCUUGUCAACAUCAUCACCGUUGUCCUGGCCCCAAUGUCAGCCAAGGCCGUCUCUCAAAAGCCCGUCCACACUCCGAACCCACACGUCGAGCCAAUGUGGUCCAAUUGCAUCAAAUUUCACCAGUCUCUGCCCAACGACACUUGCCAAACUCUUGCCGACAAGAACGGCCUCGAUCUCGCUGAGUUUAUUGCCUUGAAUCGCGGCGUAGGGGGGCUGAGUGGCUGCUCCAGGGGAAACGUGAUUACAGGCUACUGGUACUGCGUCAAGCCGAACGUUUGGGAAUAA